UCUCUCUCUCUGAUUUUCCAAGCCUCUGUUUGGUCUCCGAGAAAUCGAAAAGGAAAAAUAAAUCAACUUUCGUCUAAAAGAUGGGACCUUCCUUCCUGGCAACCAGAAAAGUUUGUAUCUUGGGUUCAAUGGAGGGAGGCUAUUAGGUUUCUGUCAUUUCCAAUUUAUCUCAAAUUCAGAACUUUACUUUCUUUUUUUAUGUUUACGGCUUUUAAUCAGUAGUUACAACUCUAAGCAUAUUAAAUGCGGUCGUUUAUUCUGAUUGGUUUUACCAUUUUGGUCAUAGAAGCCUAUACGCCAAAUUGACUAUAUGCAUGAGAUAGAAUACACAAGUAACACAACAAGAUGUUCAAUGUAUUGUUCUACUUGUACAAAUUUAGGUAACAGUCAAUGUCUUUUCAAUGUUCACAGUACCAAGUUUAUUGAAAUUGGUAAAAAUGGGACCGUGUAGUAAAUGGUGCAGCAUCCUAUGUCCUUGUAGAUCUAACCAGAGGAUUGGCUUUUAGAGGAAGCCAUGUUGCAUGAAAUGGUGGUUGAAAAAUUGAGUAUGUGAUUCAUUUGAUGAGACCAAGUUUAUUGAAAUUGGUAAAAUUGGGACCAUGUAGUAAAUGGUGCAGCAUCCUAUGUCCUUGUAGAUCUAACUAGAGGAUUGGCUUUUAGAGGAAGCCAUGUUGCAUGAAAUGGUGGUUGAAAAAUUGAAGAUAAUUGUAAAAGCUUUGUUUUUCACGGGAACCAACUGCCUAUUAAUGGGUAGAAUGUGAUUCAUUUGAUGAGUGCAUGUAAUAGUUGAAACAUGGGUGUUUGAGAGAAAAGAACUCUUGCGAAAUACUGUGAGCCGCACAGGUCAAAUAGGUUUUAGCAGAACUCAGCAGUUGUACAUGGUUCUAGGAUGGAGAAAAGCAAUGGCAAUAAAGCAACCCAGAUUUUUUGGAGCAUAGUUAGUUUCUUGAGGAGAUGUCUUUUUCUAGUCAUUUCUGUUCGUCCAAUACCUCAUCACAUUGCGUUCAUCAUGGAUGGAAAUCGAAGAUAUGCUAAAAAGCGGAAGUUGAAGGAAGGGGAUGGACAUAGGGUUGGGUUUUUGGCUCUGAUGUCCAUGCUCAAGUAUUGUUAUGAGUUGGGAGUUAGAUAUGUGACUAUAUAUGCCUUUAGUAUUGAUAAUUUCAAAAGGGACCCUGAAGAAGUUAAAUCCUUGAUGGACCUGAUGCGGGAGAAAAUUGAAGGGUUAAUCAAGGAAGAAAGCAUAGUGAACCGGUAUGGAAUUAAGGUACACUUUAUAGGGAACCUAAAACUCUUGAGUGAACCUGUUAGGUUGGCAGCUGAGAGGGCUAUGGAGGCCACUGCCAACAACUCCAGAGGAGUUCUGUCAAUAUGUAUUGCCUACACUUCCACUGAUGAGAUUGUGCAUGCUGUUCAAGAAUCGUGCGAAGAAAAAUCAGAUGAAAUUAGUGUAAUGAAUGCAAGUGGAGCUGGGUAUGGUCUACUUCAACUUGGAGGGAAUGAAAAGGAAGAAAGGGAGAACAUUGUAAAAUUGACAGAUAUUGAAAAGCAUAUGUACAUGGCUGUUGCACCUGACCCUGAUAUUCUAAUCCGUACUUCUGGCGAGACCCGGUUGAGCAAUUUUCUUUUGUGGCAGAGUGCACACUGUUAUUUGUACUCUCCAUCUGUGCUCUGGCCAGAGAUUGGUUUCCGGCAUUUCACUUGGGCGAUCUUGAGCUUUCAGCGUAGCUACUUUUAUCUGGACAGAAAAAGGAAACAGUCAUAAUUUUGUUUAUUGAUGUAUUUUCACGUAUGGUCUACUUGUUUCUGAAUUUCUAUCCUCUGUAACAAAUACAGAUUAGAUGCAGGCUUGAAGCGUUUUUCAGUGCCCCGGCCUGUAGUUCUUACAUUGUAAACAUUAGUCUGCUGUAUUGUAAGAAUAAUUUGCUUCCGUGUGUGGUUGCUUUGCUGAGUAGUCGCAUUAUGAUCAUCUGGUCAUGGUUUAGUGAUGUUUUUCAUGUAUGCAAUGAUGUCAUAUGUACUGGAAUAUAUACAUAUGUAUUUAUAUAUGUUAAACCUUGCCUUGCUCA